AUUACACAUAUCUUUAUUGCAGAAACAUCAGCAUGCCUCCAAAGAGAAAAUGCUCAUGCAGGGAUCACGAUGAAUUAAGUACUUCGGAUUCUCCAGUGUCUUCCAUUGUCUCAAGCAAAAAGUUUAAAAAUUCUGCUUUAAACUAUUUGAAAGAUAAUAAUUUAUUACAAUCAUAUCAUAAAUACUUGUGUGAAGGUUGCUAUAUGUUUGCAUUAAACCAUGCCACCACAGCAAAGUAUUCUUUUAAAGAAUUUUGCUCAUUAAUUGAAAAUAAUGAUAUAGAACAGGAUGAUUUGAUUUUGUUGUCAAGAAGUUAUGCCAAGCUUAUUAAAAUAAGACUACGAGGAAUUAAGAGUGACUAUGUGUCAAAAAAUAUAGAGGGGCUGUUAUUUGAAAAUUUAUGGAGUGAUAUGGAUGUUGCUGUUAGGGAGUUCUUUCUAGAGUUUUGCGAAGAAGCAGCAAGUAAAAAUAAUUGUGCAAUUAAUGCUUAUGAAAAUCUUGUACAAUUGGCAAGUCCUUCCUACAUAGGGCCUUUAAAUUUUGCAAAAACAGUCAUAUCUUAUUUUGUAACAGGAAGCAGACAAUUAGUUGAGCUUAAUGCAGCGUUUUCACCUUCAGGCUCCUAUGUCACUGUGUUAGAAUUCCUCAAAUCCAAAGCUGUAAAUGAGCAAAAGGUACCAGAAUUGAAAGACUGUAUUUAUUUCUUUGAUAAUAAUCAAAUAAUGGCAAGAAACUGGAAUGUCAAAUAUGACUUAAAGCCACUGAUAAGUGUUGUAACAACAACUGCAUGUCUGAUACCACCAUGUGAAACUAAGAUACAAAAAAAUGAAUUGUUCAUCCCAGCUUCAUGGCAUUAUCUUCAGUCUAUAAAUGGCGGUGAAAUUAUUACCACAGAAAACAACAAGUUAUUUAGAGGUCAGCGUAAUGAAUAUAUACACCAUGUUAUUUCUGAAAUAAUGAAAACAAAUGAUGGACCUCCCCCACAUAAAUUGCGCAAAAUAACGGUUGAACCAGUUACCGGUCGAAGCACAUCUGAGUUGCGAGCCAUGAAAGAUCCCUAUGAUGACAUACCUUCUAACGUUUCUGGAAAAACCAACGUAUUAGUACUGAAACCUAUUCCAGUAAAUCCAUGUUCGUUUAAUUCCCUAGAAAUAGUUUUAGACACUAUCGUUGAGAAAAACAACAAAACCUGUCUAGCUAUUGGUUGCGAUGGUCUACCAUUCAAUUUAUGUUCUAAACUUAUUGACAAUAUAUUCAUAUGCCCGCACUGUGGAAUAAAAUUUACAAAGACAUUAGCAUUUGAAAAUCAUAUAGAAAAUGAAAAUAUAAACGUGGAUUUAGAAUUGUGCAAAAAAUAUAAAACCAUUCUACUGCUUCCUGGGUUUGGACACUUAGAUAUCAAUAUAACAAAAGCAUUAUAUAAACUGUUAUGGAAAGUUUGCAUCAAAGACCUUGCACUACUGUUAGGAUGGAAAUCUGUAAACGCGCUUACGGCAUGUGAAAAUUGUACAGAUCAUCAUAAAGCAACGCAAAUUUUAUCAAUCUUAUUUGAAAGCUUAUCAACGGAACUUCUGUCUCCAUUUAUUCAACACUGCAUUGAACAAAACGAACAACCAAAUAUUGAAAAUUUAUACAAAUACGUACCUAAUCAAAAUUCAAAUUACAUCUUUUUAUUUAAAUGUAACUUCACUUAUCCUUUGGCUUCGAAAAGUUUCAAAAAAGGAAUGAGAAGAGGGAAUUUCAAAAUUAUGAAAACGGCACUUGACAAACUAACAAAUCAUUUCUAUGGUAUAAACAUGACAAUCUAUAUGGACCUAUGGUUUAGAUUCGAAAACAUCCUGUUAAAAGCACCGCCCGAGAUUAAAUCAUUCAUUGAAGAAAACAUAUGUUUAUCACAGUCUGGACAUCCAAGUAAAGCCGAGGGCGGUGACUUCAUACUUGAGUCAACUAAUAAAAGGAUCAAGUCUUAUAUGCCAUAUGGUGUUCCCACUGAUGAGAGAUGGACAAGAGUUUGCCUCAAUAUUGAUAAUAUUGAAAAGGUUCGGUAUAUCACUUAAAAUAAUACUUAACCUAAUUAUUUAAACAUAGAAUGCAUAUAUAUUGAC